CGGGGCCGGGCGCCUUCCGAGGCUGGAAGGGCCUGGGGAGCGGCGCUCGCCCUCGUACCAGUCCGGGGGGCUGCGCUGUGGGAGUAGCGCCGGUGGGAGCCAUGGAGCCAGGCCCGGGGGACGCGGCCGCAGAAGGGCGGCCCGCGUCCCGGCCCCGCCGCCGCCGCUCCCUGCGCCGCCUGCUUCACCGCUUCCUGCUGGCGCUGGGCAGCCGCUCCCGCCCCGGGGACUCGCCGCCCCGGUCCCAGCCCCAUGCCCAGCUCCAGCCGGGACACUGCGAUGGCGACGGCGAGGGUGGCUUCGCUUGCACCCCGGGCCCGACUCCAGCGGCCCCCGGGAGUCCGGGGGUGGAGCGAUCCCCCGCACUCCAGCACCAGCUCCCCGCGGGCGACGGGGCGCGGCCGCCCGGCGCCCAGGGCUUGAAGAACCACGGUAACACCUGCUUCAUGAACGCCGUGGUGCAGUGUCUCAGCAACACCGAUCUGCUGGCCGAGUUCCUGGCGCUCGGCCGCUACCGGGCGGCGCCGGGCCGAGCCGAGGUCACCGAGCAGCUGGCGGCGCUGGUGCGCGCGCUCUGGACCCGCGAGUACACGCCCCAACUUUCCGCCGAGUUCAAGAAUGCUGUUUCCAAGUAUGGCUCCCAGUUCCAAGGCAAUUCCCAACAUGACGCCCUGGAAUUCCUGCUCUGGUUACUGGACCGUGUCCAUGAGGACUUAGAGGGCUCAUCCCGAGGGCCGGUGUCUGAGAAGAGUCUGAAGAGAAGAAAAAGUGUCAUUAGGGAUCCCAUCGAUGCGAAGGCUUUUGAGGUCUGGAGAGCCUGCAGUGUAAGAGUUGGGCCACCGAUAUGCCGCAGAGGUAGGGCGUGGGCCGAUGCCCGACCUGGCAGUACCUGCUGUGUCUGCCUCUCCGUGGAGCAGGCCUUGCCUGGUGGGGUCAGCCUUCCUUACGAAACUGAGGGUGGAUGUGGGAUUGUGGGAUCUUCCUUGACUUGUCCCCACUGCCUGAAACAGAGCAACACCUUUGAUCCCUUCCUGUGCGUGUCCCUUCCCAUCCCCUUGCGCCAGACGAGGUUCUUGAGUGUCACGUUAGUCUUCCCCUGUAAGAGUCAGAGGUUCCUGCGGGUUGGCCUGGCUGUGCCAAUUCUGAGCACGGUGGCUGCCCUGAGGAAGCUGGCAGCGGAGGAAGGCGGAGUCCCUGCAGAGGAGGUAAUCUUGGUUGAACUGUAUCCCAAUGGAUUCCAGCGGUCUUUCUUUGAUGAAGAGGACCUGAAUACCAUAGCAGAGGGAGAUAACGUGUACGCCUUCCAAGUCCCUCCGCCUCCCAGCCAAGGGACGCUCUCAGCUCGACCAGCGGGUCUGCCGAUAGUGUCCCCACGCCUGGGGGCCCAGGAGGGCCAGCGGUUUUCUCUGCCUCUCCAGGGUGAGAACAAGGUGCCCAUCCUCUUCUGCAACCUGGUGGGCUCAGGCCAGCAUGCGAGCAGAUUUGGGCCACCUUUCCUGAUAAGGGAAGACAGAACCAUUUCUUGGGCCCAGCUGCAGCAGUGUAUCCUCAGUAAGGUCCGCUAUCUCAUGAGGAGUGAGGCCCCUGCACAGAACCUGGGGUCUCUGUUCUCCAUCCGGGUUGUGGGGCUGUCUCUGGCCUGCAGCUACUUAUCUCCGCAAGAUAGUCGGCCCCUCUGUCACUGGGCUGUUGACAGGGCUUUGCACCUCAGGAGGCCUGGUGGCCCACCGCAUGUCAAGCUGGCCGUGGAGUGGGACUGUGCCACCAAGGAGUGCCUGUUUGGGAGCCUCCAGGAAGAGCAGGUCCCUGAUGCAGACAGCGUGCGGCGGCAGCAGCAGGCACACCAGCAGCACAGCUGUACCCUGGAUGAGUGUUUUCAGUUCUACACCAAGGAGGAACAGCUGGCCCAGGAUGACGCAUGGAAGUGCCCCCACUGCAGAGUCCUCCAGCAGGGCGUGGUGAAGCUGAGUCUGUGGACGCUGCCGGACAUCCUCAUCAUCCACCUCAAACGAUUCUGUCAGGUGGGGGAGAGAAGGAACAAGCUGUCCACCCUCAUCAAGUUUCCUCUCUCUGGACUCAACAUGGCUCCCCACGUUGCUCAGAGGAGCACCAACGGCAAGCCGCUGCCAGGUCCCUGGCCCUCCUGGAAGCAGCCAGCCAGCCUGCCCGCCGCCUACCCCCUGGACUUCCUGUAUGACUUGUAUGCCGUCUGCAACCACCAUGGCAGCCUGCAAGGUGGGCAUUACACAGAAUCCUUGGCCACUGGUAACCCCUACUCCAUUCUCAUCCUCUGUGAGAUCCAACUUCUUGAGAUUCUAUAUAUGGGAGGGCUGGAGUCCAGGCCUUUGGUUCGGGGUGGCCACGGCAGAAGCAUCAGCAUGAAGGCGCCCACCACAUCCCGAGCCAGGCAAGGGCCCUUCAAGACCAUGCCCCUCCGGUGGUCCUUUGGGCACAGGGAGAAGCAGCCUGGUGCAUCUGUGGAGUUGGUGGAGUACCUAGAGUCCAGACGCAGGCCCCGUCGCUCCACCAGUCACUCCAUUGUGUCCCUGCUGACAGGCACGGCAGGUGGGGAGGAGAAGUCAGCGUCUCCCAAGCCAAACGGCACCCUUUCUGGUGAAGAUGGUGGCCAAGCUAAUGGGAGAGGACCAGCAAGGGUUCCCUGUCUCUCGGGCUACCCCAGUCACCACCCGGCCAGUGAUGUUCUAAACACAACCAGGGCAUGGAAGGAAAAUGCAAGUCAGGAUAUCCGGCUUCCCAAGAAGUUUGACCUGCCCCUCACUGUGAUGUCCAACCUUGAGAGGGAGAAGCCGGCCCGCCCAGAGGGCCAGAAGAACGCAGGCUGGAAGGGAAGCCAGAGCGGCCCACCGUCCCCUUCCACAGGUUUGUUCAGAAACUGUCAGGACAGUGGCCAAGGCACCUUACCCAAGAUGAGGGCUGACAUGGAUGAAAGGGCCUCUGAGAAAGACAGACUCCCACAGGGGACCCUCACCCUGCUGAGGUCUGUGUUUCGGAAGAAGGAGAAUGGGAAGAUAGACAGGACCCUGGGCCUCCUGCCAUCUGUCUCCCAGCGUAGUGGCAGGCUGAGCCCUGCGGUGGACGAGCAGGCUCCAGGCUCAUCUCCUGCACUCCGGAUUCCAGAAGGCCUGGCCAGGAGCCUGGGCAGCCACCUCGAAAGGGACGUCCGAUCCGCUCCCAGCUCUCUCCACCUCCCUCGCAAGGCCGGCAGGCCCCCACGGCCCAGUGCCGCCAGCUUCUCCCAGAAGAGCGUGCCUGGGGAGCAGACUUCUUAUGGCACCUUGCAGAGGGUAAAAUACCACACUCUGUCCUUAGGGCGAAAGAAAACCUUACCCGAGUCCAGCUUCUGAUGGGGCAUCGCGGUACUGUGUGAAGGAAGCUAAGGGGCUGGGACUUUGCACUGAGUGGCUGUGGGCGGUCUGUGUUCAGAGUGAAUUUUCAGGAAGCCAGUUGUCCUACAAUCUGUGAAAGAAAAAAAGAUUGUUGAUCUCUUUAACUGGACUCUGAGCGCCUCAUGUCCCAGUAACAAUGUCCAAAUACUGUACGUACCCUAUUGUAUUGUUGGGUGCUUUGAUAUAGCCUCGCCACCAGAGGGCAACGUUGGGCCAACAGUACCAGUUUGAGGCAAGAAGGGAUUAUUUUGUUUAAAUAACGUCAUAGUCUGAGUGCCUGUACUGUAAGAAUCCUGUGUCAUGUAUUGUCACUGGCUUCUCUUUUUUCUUUCUUUGUUUUUAAAUAGUGGGCUUACAAGGGAAAUAUUUCCCUUUUAAUGCUUCUGUGCAUAAAUGUAAAAGAUGCCAAAACAAAAAAACAUAAAAGUGAUAGUUAUGAUUAAGACAAGGUUCUAGAAGAAAUGGAGAAGAAAUGGUUGCUAUUUUAGGAAAGUAUUUAAUAUAUAACAAAAAAGCUAUUAAACUUUUACAAGGUAUUUUAAAAAGAUAACUAUUUUGAUACGGGUUGGGGGGGAAGCUUUAAAGAAAUAUAACCGUGAGAACUUUGUGCCAUUUUAGUAAAAUUAUGUACGUGAAAUGUACAGAUGGCCUGCUGUGUUAUUAAA